AUGCGGGCGGGUGGGCCGGUCCCGGGAAGUGGUUCCGCUCCUGCUCCCGCACUGCCGCGAGCGGGCCGGGGCCGGGGUAUCCGCCGGGCGCGGGCCUCCUUCGUGGACGAGUCGCUCUUUGGCAGCCCCGCGGGGGCCCGCCCGGAGCCGCCCGGCUUCUCGCCUCCCUGGGCGGCGGCGGCAGGCCCCGGGCGCGUCGGCUUCCGGCCAAGGAGUAAGUGCAGGUUGAGGAGCCACACCCCGUCCUUCUGCGACGAGUCCCUGUUUGGUGCCAAGCCCGCGGGUCCGGCCUGGGCAGCUCCCUGGCUGAGGAAGGAAGAUAUAGCCAAGCUCCAUCCGCUGCUCUGGAGCCCCCCGCCUGCCCCCCAGCCCAGUCCGGCGCCCCGCUGCCGGGAGACUCCGCUGCGAGCCGUCCACCCACCCACCUCCGCCGCUCCGGCAGCUGCUGGCUCCCCAGUGGGCCGAUGCAAGUUUUCUGAGACAGUUGGCCAGCUCUUGAAAGAUGUUUUUGAGAACUCUCAUCACGUUGUCCUCGCGAGGCCCAGCCCAGUAAACCGGUACCGGGUGUGCCGGGCGUGGCCCAGAGCUGCUGCCCUCCGCCCGCGUCCCGCCGUUGCUAGCGGGCUGCUGCGCUCUCCUCUGACCCCGCUGAGGGGGCCUCGGCACAGCCAAUGGCAGUCUGCGCUCUCGACGCCGAGAACCCGCCCUCUACGGUCUCGGACCAAUCAGCGUCCCCGUCUGAUUGGAGAGGCAGCACAAUUAGCCAAUGAAGAGGCCAAGUGCGGGACGGAGAAGGAGGAGGGGGCGGGAAUAAUCCGGCAUCUCUUUCAGGGGUAG